CUGUGCGGCGCGAUGGGACCCUCCCCUCCGGCCUUCCUGGUCCUGGUCCUCGGCUGGCUCCUGGCAGGGCCGAGCCUCACGCGCUGCCAGCUCCCGCUACCCUCCAUCUCCCCCGGCGACAGCGAGAGGGUGGUGCCGCUGAACUCCUCUUUCACCCUGCGCUGCUCCGGGGAGAGUGAAGUGAGCUGGCAGUACCCCGUGUCCGAGGACGAGGGCCCCAGGGUGGACGUCAGGAGCGAGGAGAACAACACUGGCUAUUUUGUGGCCGUGCUGGAGGUGGGCAGUGCCACCGCGGCCCACACGGGCUUGUACACCUGCUACUACAACCACACGCAGACGGAGGACAGCGACGUGGAAGGCAGCCACGUGUACAUCUACGUGCCGGACCCGGACGUCGCCUUCGUGCCCCUGGGGAUGACCGACUACCUGGUCAUCGUGGAGGACGACGACUCGGCCAUCAUCCCGUGUCGCACCACCGACCCCGAGACCCCCGUCACCCUGCGCAACAGCCAGGGCCUGGUGCCCGCCUCCUACGACAGCCGGCACGGCUUCAACGGCACCUUCACCAUGGGGCCCUACGUGUGUGAGGCCACCGUGCGCGGGAAGACCGUGCAGACCAUCCCCUUCAACAUCUACGCCUUGAAAGCGACGUCGGAGUUGGAUCUGGAAAUGGAAGCGCUCCAGACUGUGUAUAAGGCAGGAGAGACGAUUGUGGUCACCUGCGCCGUCUUCAACAACGAAGUGGUGGACCUGCAGUGGACUUACCCCGGGGAGAUGAAGGGCAAAGGUGUCACAAUGCUGGAAGAAAUCAAAGUCCCCACACUCAAGCUGGUGUACACGCUGACGGUCCCCAGGGCCACAGUGAAGGACAGCGGGGACUAUGAGUGCGCUGCCCGCCAGGCCACCAGGGAGGUCAAAGAGAUGAAGAAGGUCACCAUCGCUGUGCAUGAGAAGGGGUUUGUGGAGAUCAAGCCCACUUUCAACCAGUCGGAGGCCGUCAACCUGCACGAAGUGAAGCAUUUCGUGGUGGAGGUGCGCGCCUACCCCCCGCCCAGGAUAUCCUGGCUGAAGGACAGCCGGACUCUGAUCGAGAAUCUCACGGAGAUCACCACGGACGUGGAGCAGGUGCAGGAGACGCGUGCCCGCAUCCAUCCUGGACUUGGUGGAUGACCACCACGCCCCCACCGGGGGACAGACGGUGAGGUGCACGGCUGCGGGCACGCCUCUUCCGGAUGUCGAAUGGAUGAUCUGCAAGGAUAUCAAGAGGUGUAACAAUGAAACCUCGUGGACGCUUUUGGCCAACAACGUGUCCAACAUCGUCACGGAGACCCACCCCCGGGGCGGGGGCGCCGUGGAGGGCCGGGUGACCUUCGCCAAGGUGGAGGAGACCCUUGCCGUCCGCUGCCUGGCCAGGAAUCCUCUGGGCACGGAGAACCGCGAGCUGAAGCUGGUGGCUCCCACCCUGCGCUCGGAACUCACGGUGGCGGCCGCGGUACUGGUGCUGCUGGUGGUUGUGAUUGUCUCGCUCAUCAUCCUGGUUGUCGUCUGGAAGCAGAAACCCAGGUACGAGAUUCGCUGGCGGGUCAUCGAGUCCAUCAGCCCCGACGGCCAUGAAUACAUUUACGUGGACCCCAUGCAGCUGCCGUACGACUCGCGAUGGGAGUUUCCGCGAGAUGGCCUCGUGCUGGGUCGCAUCUUGGGAUCCGGGGCCUUUGGGAAAGUGGUGGAAGGGACAGCCUACGGACUGAGCCGGUCCCAGCCGGUCAUGAAGGUGGCGGUAAAGAUGCUGAAACCCACGGCCAGGUCCAGCGAGAAGCAGGCUCUCAUGUCCGAGCUGAAGAUCAUGACCCACCUGGGGCCGCAUCUCAACAUUGUCAACUUGCUGGGAGCCUGUACCAAGUCAGGCCCCAUUUACAUCAUCACCGAGUACUGCUUCUAUGGGGAUUUGGUCAACUAUCUGCAUAAGAACAGGGACAGCUUCCUGAGCCGCCACCCGGAGAAGCCCAAGAAGGAGCUGGACAUCUUUGGGUUGAACCCUGCAGAUGAAAGCACACGGAGCUACGUGAUUCUGUCUUUCGAGAACAAUGGUGACUACAUGGACAUGAAGCAGGCCGACGGCACGCAGUACGUCCCCAUGCUGGAGCGGAAAGAGGUGUCCAAGUACUCGGACAUCCAGCGCUCGCUGUACGAUCGCCCGGCUUCCUACAAGAAGAAGUCCGCGCUAGAGUCCGAAGUCAAAAACCUCCUUUCGGAUGACAACGCGGAAGGCCUCACCUUGUUGGAUCUGUUGAGCUUUACCUACCAAGUCGCUCGAGGGAUGGAAUUUUUGGCUUCAAAAAAUUGCGUCCACCGGGACCUGGCCGCGCGCAACGUGCUCCUGGCGCAAGGGAAGAUUGUCAAGAUCUGUGACUUCGGCCUGGCCAGAGACAUCAUGCACGACUCCAACUACGUCUCCAAAGGCAGCACCUUCCUGCCCGUGAAGUGGAUGGCCCCCGAGAGCAUCUUCGACAACCUCUACACCACGCUGAGCGACGUGUGGUCCUACGGCAUCCUGCUCUGGGAGAUCUUCUCUCUCGGGGGCACACCCUACCCUGGCAUGAUGGUGGACUCCACCUUCUACAACAAGAUCAAAAGCGGCUACCGGAUGGCCAAGCCUGACCACGCCACCAGUGAAGUCUACGAGAUCAUGGUGAAGUGCUGGAACAGCGAGCCCGAGAAGCGGCCCUCCUUUUACCACCUGAGCGAGAUCGUGGAGAGUCUGCUGCCCGGACAGUAUAAAAAGAGCUAUGAGAAGAUCCACCUGGACUUCCUGAGGAGCGACCACCCCGCCGUGGCGCGCAUGCGUGUGGACACCGACAGCGCGUACCUGGGCGUCACCUACAAGAACGAGGAGGACAAGCUGAAGGACUGGGAGGGCGGCCUGGACGAGCAGAGGCUGAGUGCCGACAGCGGCUACAUCAUCCCCCUGCCCGACAUCGACCCCGUGCCCGAGGAGGACGAGGAGGACGGGGGCAAGCGCAACCGGCACAGCUCGCAGACCUCGGAGGAGAGUGCCAUCGAGACGGGUUCCAGCAGCUCCACCUUCAUGAAGAGAGAGGACGAGACCAUCGAGGACAUGGACAUGAUGGACGACAUUGGCAUGGACUCCUCGGACCUGGUGGAGGACAGCUUCCUGUGAGCCGCAGGUCCCCGCGCGUUCCCGGAGCUGCCCUGGGAUCCUUUUCAGAAAACCACUUUAUUUGCAAGGCAGAGGUGGAGAGGACGACGUGGGGGAUGCGGGACGAGGAGGCCCUGGCCCGGGAUUCCCCGGGGCGGGGCGGGGGGAGCCGUGUGACCAGCCUCGGAGGGGGAAUGGGACGCUUGGAGGUGGACGCUGCUGGCACUGCCUCUGGAUUCGCCAGCCUCGGCGGCGUGGGGGGUUCAAGGGCACGGUGGACCCCGGGAAGCGAGCUCUGGGUCUCAAGUCCACGUGCACAGCCGGAGUCGCGCUGAAGUUGCAGCGUCGCUGUUAUGUACAUAAAUCUGAACGCAGCCCUGGUGAGAGAUGCGUCCCGUCUCCUCUGGACUUCUGAGACACCACUCAGCCCAGCCGUGUCUUUCCCUGUCGGAGCCUGGCUGCCACUGGCUCUGGACUCCCAGUGUUGUACAAAACCACUUCGGAACCUUCAAAGGUGCUGGUCUUGGAGCAUCUUAGUCGUGCGUAGCGCAGAGUCAUUAACCAGCCUCGUUUAAUAGACGUGUGUCGUUUAGAAGCCCCAAGCCGCGUUUUCGUAUCGUAACCUAUGUUUGUAAUCAUACUACUGUCAUUAGUGAUGCUAAGUGUGUAACACGUAACACGGGCUCCUGCCCGAGAAAGCACAAGUUAAAAAACAAAAAAAAGAACCCUAAGUAGGUGACAGGUUUGCAACUUUUGACACUUUCUUUUUUUAAAGAGCUUAUGUUUCCCCAUAAAUGAUGUUGAUCACCGCAGUGGGUCGGACAUCAGAGAACAAGGUCACAGUUGUCCCGGAAGUCAUGGACUUUGGUUGUGUACAAGUAGCUCCCCCUGCCCGCGGUACUGAACGGGACGAGAGACGAGCCCAGGUCCCCGGUGUCAGAGUCCCCCGGGCCGGCAUCACCCUGAGGGAAAGAGCAGCAGAGAUCCUGUCUGGCCUCAAAGAGAAAGUGCUAGAAACCCGAGGCUGGGAGUGGGGGUGGUGGUGAGUGACGGCCGUGUGUGUGUGCCCCGGCUCUCUGGCCCCCAGGGAGCUGGCAGCCCGGAUCUGGAGUUGGGAGUGGAUGGGCAGCCGGCACCCAUGUUCUGUUCUGAUGAGCCACGUUUCAGGAGUGCUGGCUUGGGUUCCUGGGGGUUGCCGUGGGAAAAGCAAUGAUUUGCAAUUUGGAGCUGGGCUGGAGGGCCACCAUGCGGAAGCCUGCUGUGUAAGUCCCCGGCGCCUGGCUGUGCGUCCAGAUUGCUACCCUCAACUUAAUCCAGCCGGCUCAGCUGAGGGUCAGGGUCAGGACACUGGGCGUGGGCAGGUCUUCUUCAAGGUAAGGCCACUGCUUCUCCCUGCCUGGAGGGGACGGACCGGCUCCUGCCCGCCCGCACCCCCAGCCCGUGGACAAACACCUAUAGAAGUGAUGCCACUCACACUGCUGCCUCUCUGCACAGCGAGGCCAGCAUUUUGCUCCAAGAGGUGAACCAUUUCACUGCUAUACCGGGGUUAGACGGGACGAUGCACCGUGACUCACGCCGGCCAGGGUGGGUUCAUGGCGUUCUCGGCCGUGUUGCUUAAUUGCUGACACCCAGGGCGUGACACGUGCCAGGUGCGGGAGCCACCCCGAGGUGCUUUCUCAGCCACCCUCUGCGUGGCCAGUGUGUGCUCUGAGCUGGAUCGGCCAGCUAACAAGCUGACCGGGUUCUGUAGCGCCAGCGAGGCCUCGGGUGCCUCUGUGUGGCUGGAACCGCAGCUCGGGGGUCCUCGCUCCCUCACCUGCCCCUUGACAGUCACUGUUGUGGCCACUCUGGUCAUCGAAGCCCCAGGCUUGCACGUCACCACAAGACUGGGUGCAAAUCCGUGGCCAGGCUGAGCCUGGGGCCGCAUUGUUAGUUUUUGCUUUUUUUAAAAAAGUGUCCCAUGUAUCUCCAAUCUGUGUCCCGUUUGCUUCCUGCAAAAUCCCCAGAAAAAGACAAUUGGCCACUGCUUCCCACUCUUUGAUUUUUUUUUUUCCUGAUGACAAUCAAAGCCGGCGUGGGCGACGCAGCGUGCGGCUGUGCCCGCGCCGUGGUCUGCCCGCGUGCACAGAGCGGUCCUGUUUGUCUGAGAGGGACUUGUGAUGCAAUGAUGUUAUACAUCGAUGUGUACAUAUGUGUAUCUACGUAGGCCUGCAGAAUACUGCCAAAACAUGUAUGACGAGCUGUCUCACUGCCUUUGUUUAUAUUUUUUUAACUGUGAUAUUCCCUAUAGGCACAUUAACUGUUGCACUUUUGAAUGUCCAAAAUUUAUAUUUUAGACAUAAUGAAGAGAAGAAGACUUAAGGUGUUCCCCAAACAGUGUCGUGGAGAGUGUGUGAGGACGAACUGGUUGGGGAGGGAGGGUCUCCCGAAACAAAAUGUAUUACAGAUGCCCCCUGCCCCAUGCCCGUUUUCAUUUUAUGACAUGUAAAUGAAGAUCUUUAUAUUUCAAUAAAUGAUAUGUAAUUUAAAGUUA